GUACAAAUCCCUGGACUCGAGAGUUUACAAGUAUUUGUACCAAAUAGUAUUGCAGGGGAAAAAUCUGUGAUCUUGCAGCUCCUCAAUGCAGCUGCUGGAAAGGAUUGCUCAAAGGAUUCAGAUGAGGUUGCGUAUGAGGCCUAUUUACUAAUGACCAAACAUAGUGAUAAAGACCAUGAAUUAGAUGACAGCUGGAGUGCAUGGGAGGGUCAGCCGAUCAAAGUAGUGCCACAAGUAGAAACUGUUGAUACACUGCGCACCAUGCAGGUUGAUAACCUCCUCCUUGUAGUCAUUCAGUCUGCCCACCUUGUGAGUCAGAGAAAAGCUUUCCAGCAGUCUAUUGAAGGGCUCAUAUCUCUGCACCAGGAACAGACAUCCAGCCAACCAGUCAUCGCCAAAGCUCUACAACAGCUAAAGAGUGAUGCAUUACAGCUAUGCAAUAAGAUAAGCAGUGCCAUUGAUAGAGUUGAUCACAUGUUCACAUCUGAGUUUGAUGCUGAAGUUGAUGAAUCUGAAUCUGCCACUUUGCAGCAAUACUACCGGGAAGCCAUGAUUCAGGGUUAUAAUUUUGGGUUUGAGUACCAUAAAGAAGUUGUGCGUCUGAUGUCUGGAGAAUUCAGGCAGAAAAUUGGAGACAAGUAUAUCAGCUUUGCCAGAAAAUGGAUGAAUUAUGUGCUAACAAAAUGUGAGAGUGGCCGAGGCACUCGACCCAGGUGGGCAACUCAAGGUUUUGAUUUUCUUCAAGCCAUUGAGCCGGCAUUUAUUUCAGCUCUCCCAGAAGAUGACUUCUUGAGUUUACAAGCUCUGAUGAAUGAGUGCAUUGGCCAUGUUAUUGGAAAACCUCACAGUCCUGUUACAGCUAUUCAUCGAAACAGUCCCCGUCCUGUAAAAGUACCUCGGUGCCAUAGUGAUCCACCAAAUCCUCAUCUUAUCAUCCCCACGCCUGAAGGCUUCAGGGGUUCCAGUGUCCCUGAAAAUGAUCGACUGACUUCAAUAGCAGCUGAGUUGCAGUUCAGAUCCCUUAGUCGUCACUCCAGUCCCACUGAAGAGCGAGAAGAACCAUCGUAUCCAAAAGGAGAUUCAAGUGGCUCGUCCCGGCGGAGUUGGGAGCUCAGAACUUUAAUCAACCAGACCAAAGACACUGCUUCCAAGCAAGCACCGAUUGAAGCUGUUCAAAAGUCUGUUCAGUUGUUUGAAGAAAGGAGAUACAGAGAGAUGAGGAGGAAGAACAUCAUUGGCCAAGUCUGUGACACACCGAAAUCUUAUGAUAAUGUCAUGCAUGUAGGUUUGAGAAAAGUGACUUUCAAGUGGCAGAGAGGAAACAAAAUUGGUGAAGGCCAGUAUGGGAAGGUCUAUACCUGUAUCAGUGUUGACACUGGAGAGCUGAUGGCUAUGAAGGAAAUAAGAUUUCAACCUAAUGAUCACAAAACCAUCAAAGAAACAGCCGAUGAACUGAAGAUUUUUGAAGGCAUCAAGCACCCUAAUCUUGUUCGUUAUUUUGGUGUGGAACUCCAUAGGGAAGAAAUGUACAUCUUCAUGGAGUACUGUGAUGAGGGCACUCUGGAGGAGGUAUCAAAACUGGGCCUUCAGGAGCAUGUCAUUAGGCUCUACUCAAAGCAAAUCACGAUUGCUAUCAAUGUACUACAUGAACAUGGUAUUGUUCAUCGAGACAUUAAAGGAGCCAACAUCUUUCUUACCUCAUCUGGACUGAUUAAACUAGGAGACUUUGGCUGCUCAGUGAAACUGAAGAACAACACCCAGACAAUGCCUGGAGAAGUGAACAGUACUUUGGGGACUGCAGCGUACAUGGCUCCAGAAGUAAUUACCAGAGCUAAAGGAGAAGGGCACGGACGUGCAGCAGACAUCUGGAGCCUGGGCUGUGUUGUUAUAGAGAUGGUCACUGGCAAGAGGCCUUGGCACGAAUAUGAGCACAACUUCCAGAUCAUGUAUAAAGUGGGGAUGGGUCAUAAGCCUCCUAUUCCUGACAAAGUGAGCCCAGAAGGUAAAGACUUCCUUUGCCACUGCCUGGAAAGUGACCCAAAGAUGAGGUGGACGGCCAGCCAGCUCCUCGAUCAUCCUUUUGUCAAGGUUUGCACAGAUGAAGAAUGAAGUUAUUCAAUCUCUGGCCUUUUUUAUUCUGGCAAGGUAUCUUUUAAUCACUACUGUAUGUAAUAUUUACAUAAAGACUGUGCUGAGAAACAGUAUAAAAGUUGAACUUAAGAAGACUGCACAAGUGACGAGCGUCACUUUCUCUGCUGCUCCUGUAUGUUUUACUUGGCACAUGUUGCUCACGUGACAGUGUCCGCAAGUUGGAAGAAGCUGCAUGUUUCAGUGAAAGUGCCAUUACUACUGUAUAUGGACCAUACCAUUUUUGUUCUUUCUCCUGUUUCUCAUUUGAUUGAGAACUGUCAUGUUAAUAUGUAGUAUUUUUGAACUCUUUAGGUUCAGAAAAAUGCUGUAGUGUUAUCAGGCGUUAUGGACCUUGUUUUUUAAUCUGUUUGUUGAGUGCACUGACUGUGAACUUUUACUGUUUUUUUUGUUUAUUUGUUUUUGGCAAGCUUCAGAUUUGUUAUGCACAAGGCUGAUUAAUGAAAUUUUAAAAGAAGUUUUUUCUCAAUAAAUGGUUUAUUUUAGGA